UGUAUACAGGGAGAGCAGGGGACUCGGGAGGCUGCCCUGCUGGCAUGGAGGGGGUGCUGCACAAGUGGACCAAUUAUCUUAGUGGUUGGCAGCCGCGGUACUUUGUGCUGGAUGGCACCGUAUUGUCAUACUACGACUCGCAGGAAGAUGUUGGCAAAGGAAGUAAAGGGAGCAUCAAAAUGGCCGUGUGCGAGAUAAAAGUGCACACAGCAGACUUCACCCGGAUGGAUUUGAUCAUCCCGGGAGAGCAAUACUUCUACCUCAAGGCCGUAAAUGCUGCAGAGAGACAGAAGUGGUUGGUGGCACUUGGUAGUGCCAAGGCCUGCCUAGCUGACAGCAGGAGCAAGAAAGAAAGAGAGAUCAAUGAAACCGAGGAUUCCCUGAAAUCCAAAAUGUCUGAGCUUCGACUCUAUUGUGAUUUGCUGAUGCAGCAGGUGCAUAAGAUCCAGGAGUCGGCACAGCCGAUCCAGGCCAGUUCUACUCCAGAUGUUGAGAAAAUGAAUGAGGCUUCUUCUUUGCUUAAAGCCACGUGCAAUACCUUUAUAAAUACCCUCGAGGACUGUAUGAAAAUAGCAAGCGUGAAGAUAUCCCCGGAGCUGCUUUCACCCCCAGAGUCCCCAGUUGCUCAUGUUACCUCCACACCUCUUCGCAGGGUUAAACGUUCUGUCAGUCACAGUGGUGUUGUUCUACCUGACAGGAGUGCAGAAAUGAACAAUCUGGCCCAGUCUCAGAAGGGUUCCAUUACAGUAAUGAGAAAUCUGGAGGAAAUGGCCACUCAUCGAGCGAGCAGGUGGACGAGACCGCCCGUGGAGAGCAAGACUCCAGAAAACAGUUGCCUGGAGCAGCCAGAAAGUGAAUCUGCAGGCAGUGCCAAUGGUGAAUAAUGUCGUCGGGGGAAAUAGUGCCCUCCCCGGCACAUAGAAGGAACCAGUCGAGACACAGACAUCUCUCCUCCUGAGGUGAAAGCAAAAGGAAAUGAAGAGAAACUCCUUCAACGUUGCCAUCAGAAAAUCAUCAGAACCGAGCUCUCCUGCGAGAAGAUCCAGGGAUGGAAGCUUGCAAUACAGAAGAUGCUGGUAACUCACUCAUCUUUAGUGUUGGAUUCUCCACUGACACAUUAAUACUUGUUUGAAAUGAUGUUGAAUAUUGAGCAGGAUAGAGUGGGGUGCGUGUUUGAUUUUUGAGGCAAUUCCCUAAUAGAAUUACCAUCUUCUUUUAUUCUUGCCUCCAGUCCCGAGUCCUGUCCACCUAAAUCUGUAUGAAGGACAGAAAUAAGUGAGCAUUCUCUAAGGGAGAAACAAUACCUCUCCAUAAAUUAAUGCAGCACUCCUCAGCAAACACAGUUCAGUAGUUUCAUGGACAAUAACCACAAUUUCAAUACUCAGACAAUGGUAAAUGAAUACCAGUCAAAAAUAAAUUAAAACUAAGUGGGGAGCAUUGGGGAAUUUAAACUAAUACGUCACACUCCACAUUUGAAUUGAGAACAUAUAGGGACCGCCAGUCUCCUCCUGCCAUGUUAAGUAACCUCACUUGCCACUGAAGAUACGCUUGCUGAGAUGCAAACUAUCUUAGUCGUGUUUACAAUGGGUAAAUUAAAUCUCGCUCACCUAAAUUACUGUGCUCAAGGCAGCUGUCAGUAAUGACGACACCAAAAAUGCUUACAUAGUUAUGUAACUACAAAUGAUGCAAGACCAUCUCUACCAAACAGCCCUGACUAACAGUAUACUACUGCUUGUAUGACACUCCCUUGGCCCCCAAAUCCAAGUCAUAGAGUGGAUCGAAGUCAUCCUAACUGCCAAAAUAACCUGUGAUGACUGUUUAAAAAGAGAAUUGUGAUAACAGUGCAGUGGGUGUUACAGAUCUCUGAGUCCAAGUUGCUGUGGGAACAUGCACUUUUCCAUGCGUGUUAUAGUCUGGAGCUAUGGAUAGUGAUGGUAAAGGCUCCAAUUUUCUUUCCAUCAUAUGGCUGACCAGAAUCUCUCCCACUCUUACUGCCCGCCAUUGGAGUUGGAAGAAUUUGCAGGUUGAUAAUUAACCUGCUUGGCAGUGUUAUGAACACACCUUCCUUGUCCCACCCCAGGACUUAAUGGCCUCAAACCCAGAGCUUCUGGCUCAGAGGCAAGGGUACCCAUCGUGCCACAAGACCCUGAUUGGUGCAGUAGAUGGUUUCAAAUUGAUACUGAUUGAGGCACACUGCUAUUAUUUGUUCCCUUGACUUGUUUACUUUUUGGGACGUGGGUCCUUUUUUUUUACCCCCAGAAGUGACUCCACUUUCUUGUUCAGUUUACAUCCGCCAAAACCAAGAUCUGUGCAAUUUGAAGCCGCUCCCCUAAUACAAUCCUAAUGGAACCUGUUACAAGCAUUCUAUUACACUAACAUUGUUUGCAGCUGGAGAUGCAAGGUGUAACUGGUUGUGAAGUAUUAAUAAACUACCCACACACUAAUUGUGCUCUAUUUAUAUUUCCCAAACCAAAUUGCAAGUUAGCCAUUAUGGAUUUAAAACCUAGAUUAAGGAGGGACCUGUAAAGUUUAUCAUUAGUAGAUACUAAUUUUUAACAUUUGUUUGACUAAUUGGUAUCUGGCUUUCCUUGUCACACGUCCAGUUGCUUGACUUAUGCUGCAUUAGCAUUAUCAUCUUUGUUCCUGAACUACUUAUUUAACCCUUCUCAUAGGUUAACUGAGUUUCACGAGCUCUGAGGUACGAAAUGAUAAACUAAUAUCUUUCUAUGUUUUGUUACUUUGUGUUUCUUCCUUUUUAUAUCAACAUAGGAAUGUGAACUGGCUUGAAUGUUGACGUAAUAUAUCUUGUGCAAACAAAAGAUACUAUAAGUUCAUUCUCUCGAGUAAUUUUAUUUACACACAUAUAUGUCAUAAUAUAUAUUAUGACAGUGAUGGUGAAAGAUAAUUAAAACAGAAAACUCAAAUGAAAAUGGUUCAGCCUGAAGUAUCCUGGGUAUUUUUGGAAUGGUAUUCUUAUGUCUUUUAACAGGGGGAGAAAACAAUCCAGAAUAAUUUCCCAUCUGGACUGAAUUUCGCUACUGCUCUGGUUGCACAAACCAUAGAAGUUUACAGCACAGAAGCACAGCCAUUCAGCCGUAGUAGCAGUGCUUGCUCUAAUCCAAUAUUAAUUCCACUGUCCUGUUCUCUUUUUCCCCCAUAGCUCUGCAUCUUCCUAUGCUUCAGAUAUUCACCCAGUUUUCCUUUCCAAGAUGUAGUGGUCUCUGAGUCAGCUACUUCCAGUAGCAAAGAAUUCCAUAGUUUGAGAACACCACCUGAGCAAAGGAACCUCUUUCCCCACUGAGAUUUUUUAAAAUUAAUGUCCUCUUGCCUAACUUCCUCAAUCGGAGAAUAUAUUGUUUGUCCACCAUCAAAAUUCUAAUUUUUAAAAAAUCUAUUCAAUCUUCUCUUAGCCUUUGCUCAGGCAUCUUGUGUGAAAAAUAUUUGCCCCAAAUUUAACAGCCCUGCAUACAAGGUGGUCAAGCACAAAUGAAGUGAGCCAUUAUUGUGAUUUAAUAUAGUGUGGUAUCUGUUCUUACUAGUUAUGUAUGACGUAAAAAUCAACUUAGCCUUGUGGAGAUUUUUUUUUUAAAAAAAAUUGAAUGGCUCUUCAGGAGUUGCAGUAUUCCCUUUGAAUCUUUGACCACACCAGACUGACUUUUAAACAACUUGGAAAAAAGUGCAUCUGAUGUACUCUUUUAUUUGAUUCUUUCUCAAAUUAGUUAAAAUAGAUUCCCAAUUACAAGUAUUGGUAGAAAGGAUUUUACCACCUGUGUGUCAUGUAGCUUGUAUUUUUAAGCUAGAUCCUGUGUCUCCUCAUAAGAAAUAGGAGCAGGAGUAGACCAUACAGCCUCAUCGAGCCUGCUCUGCCAUUCUAUAAGGUCAUAACGGAUCUACCUCAACUCCACUUUUGUGCCAUCUCCCCAUUGGACUGCAUCCUUAGCAACACCACAUUCUCCUUUCCUGAUUAUCUUUCUGUACGAGCAUUACGAGGCUGCCCUGAAAUUACUUUCGAAAAAGAGUCAAAUCCUGGACUGCUCCGUUCCAAUUGUGCCUAAAAUCCGACUUUCAUUUCUGAACUUGAACUUAUUUGGAUCCAGAAGCUUUCCAUGUCCUGAAUGGACCUUGAAAGUUUACCAUUUUCUCAGGAGUCAGUCAAGUAUUAAGUUUGUACUAAAAUGGAAAUGAGAGGGAAGAAGAUGCAUCUAGAUGUGGCUGUUCCCAGAAGUCCUGUCCAUCACUUCAUGUCCUCUAAUAUAUCAAAUUUCAAAUUACUUGACAGUAGUGAUCUGAUCUGACCAGGUGAAGCAGGUCUGACACUGUCAGUCAUGUGCUAUGUUGAAUAACCAUCAGCAUUUUCAGAACGCCCCUCACAAAAGUACUCUCCGAUGUUUUUCUAAAAGCUUGUGGAUGUUGUGCACAAAAUGGAAACUGAUAUGGAGAGGGGGGGAUGCUGAAGCAGGUACAGGUGAGCUUUUAAAAGACUUGAAAGAAAUGAAUGAGGUCACAAGGGAAAGUUUAUUGAGUUACCAGUUGUGAAUCUACUUUUGAAAGGUGGUGGGGUGAAGAAGCAUCACCUUUCAAAUAAAUGUAUUCCAACAAAGAAUGGAUAUUGCACCUUUUUAAGAAGUCCACUUGGUUCCUUGGGUUAAGGAAAGGCUCAAAUUUGAAUGUAUAUAGCAUUGUGUAGCUGAACCAGUUUGUUUCUGUUGACUGUUUUAAUGCUGGCACCACACUGCCCAGCGAUAUUAACUUUGUCAAAAUGAAGGUAAAAAUGAAGAAUGUAGCGGCACCUUUUGUAACGUUGAAGGAACCAAAUUCCUGAAGUCUUUGUCCUCCUUGAGAAUGCAAGAAAAUGAUAAGAUGGUUGCUCUGUUCUUUGUGACGUUAAUUGUUACAAUGUUGUGUUAGGCUGUGGCAACUUUUUUUUAAAUGAUGUGUUGCUCUGACUCAACUGGUCAAAAUUUGUUUUAAGUUUUUAAAAAUAUUAAUUUUGCCAAGUGGGCCUUAAAAUUCAUUAUUGUGGAAGUUGUUAAAACUAAAUUUUUUUUUGUGAAUUUCUACUUCUGAAGGUUGUUAGUGCUGCAGGAUGGAACACUUUUUCUAUUUUGAGUAUCCAGCAUCAAAUACUUCCAAGGCAACACAGUUAAAUGUAGAGCAAAGCUCCCUCUGUUCUGCUCCAACAAUGCGUCUCAGCUGAAACCUCAAAACAUUCCAAAUUGUACAAAUGUGAAAUGUUUCCGUUUUCCACACCAGCCAAUCAGACUGCCGACUAGUUGUUAAAUUGAGGGCUGUUUUAUACUAUGGGGCCAUUAGGAGCUGGGUUGUGACUGACCAAGUUAACAUAAGGCCUUUUAUAACUGAGAGACUUUCACCCAUUAGUAAGCGACAGAUUGGAACAAAAAUGAAAAUUGCUGGAAAAACUCAGCAGGUCUGACAGCAUCCGUGGGGAACCCUGAUCUCGGGUGAAAGGCCUGUAUCAAACUUACUGUGCACCUCUGAACAAUAAAUAUUUUAAACAUUUUUUAAAAAUUCUUUCAUGAGAUGUGGUUGUUGCUGGCAAGGCCAGCAUUUGUUGCCCAUCCCUACUUGCCCUUGAACUGAGUGGCUUGCAAGGCCAUUUCAG